UGAAAGAAAUUAAUGGAGGGAGGCAAGGAAGACGUCAACAGAGAACAGAGAUUCUUCAUUCAGGGCUUGGAUAAAUAAUACAAAAGAAAAUACAGUGUGUGUUCAAAUAGAUUACAGGAAUGGAUGGCGUAUUACAGAAUAUAUCCUAACAGUUUUUGUAAAAAAGUAAAUGUAAAGUGACAAAUUAGUUUUAUUUCAAAGUUAUUAGUGAACGUAAUUUCAAGGCUAAAGUAUAAUAAAACUGCGAAAUACAUAAAAACAAAUAAAUUAUGUAGACUGUAGUGCAAGUGUCAUUUGAUUUAUUAAAUUAUUACCUUAAGUAAUCUCUAGAACAAUGUCUCAAUUGUCAUCGACAGGUCCUAACAAGAAGGGAGAAGAAUGCUCUGAACAUGGUCAGAUCUAUUUCUACCAACAUGGUGUUAUUCUCAAGCACACAAUAAAUGCAGAAGAUGAAGGAAACCGAACGGGGGAACUGGCCCUUGUGCAAUACAGCACUGGAAAGAGGUUUGAAUGGAAACCGAUUGACAUAUCGGAAAUUUCCGAGUACCAAGAGCAAGAAGACUGGGCGUUUGUCACACAAGUCGAUCACAAGAGGGCUCGUACCUACAGUGGUGGCUUCGAGUUCAAAGCCCAUCCACUAAUCAUAGAACUUCAUGAAAUCAAAAGCUAUCUGGUGAAAAGGAAGAAGAGACAAGUGACCUUGAUGCUGAAGGAUGGUUCUUCUCACAUAUUUUUCUUCCAGUAUGGUAGUCUGCAUGGAUUGACAGGCGUUUUGAGAGACUGCUUCAAAACGAGGAAAAGCCACAAAAAGAACUUCUUCAUAGUUGUGAGCCAGAAUAUUGACUCACAGCCGCUGACGAAGUCUUUUGCGGAGCUCGACCUGUUCCCCGACAACCCAAGCGACGCCGUCUGGAAGUUCGUCAGCAACCUCAAGCACCGGCCCUAUGAGACCACGCUCGAGACAUUCUCCAAACUCACCGAUACCAUUCUGUACCGUGCACCGGACACUCGGCCACCAGAAGAGAUGGCGGCCGAACUCGUGAAUAGUCUGCACGAGUCGCCCGAGAUCGACGGUUACCACGUGGUCAGCUCCCCCCUGGCGCCCCCCGCGCCCCGCCUUCCGCCACGGCCCAUUGUGCGUCGCGGCGCCCCCCUCUCCGUCGACCAGUGGUCAAUGGCCAAAGACGCCGAUGGUCGCAUCAAAGAUCCCGACAACAUUAAGCGCAUCGUAUUCAAGGGCGGUGUCACUCAUCCUCUGAGGUUUGUUGUGUGGAAAUACCUUCUCGGCUACUACCCAUGGGACGCGACCACUGAAGACAUCAAUGAGCUGCAGAAGAAAAGAAGAACCGAGUACUUCCAGAUGAAAAACCAGUGGACGACUAUGACAAACGAACAGGAGGAGAGGUUUGCAGAUUUCAGGGAGAGGAAGAGUCUCAUUGAGAAAGACGUGAACCGAACUGACAGAACAAUGGAGUUCUUCGCUGGUGAUGGAAAUGCGAACUUGAAAGUGCUGAAUGACAUUCUGAUGACGUAUGUGAUGUACAACUUCGACCUGGGUUAUGUGCAGGGCAUGAGCGACCUGCUGUCUCCCAUCCUCGUCGUCAUGUCCAAUGAGGUCGACGCAUUCUGGUGCUUUGUCGGAUUCAUGAACAGGGUUAGCACGAACUUUGAGCUGGACCAGGCGGGCAUGAAGUCGCAGCUGUCUGCCCUGUUUGGCCUGGUGCACGCGGCCGAUCGAGAGCUCGCCUCCUACCUCGAGCAGCACGACUCCUCCAACAUGUUCUUCUGCUUCCGCUGGCUGCUUGUCCUCUUCAAGCGCGAGUUCAGCAACGAGCAAAUCAUGACCCUCUGGGAGGUGCUUUGGACUGAUCUUCCGUGUCCCAAUUUCCAUCUUCUGAUAAGCCUCGCUAUUUUGGAUAUGGAAAAAAAUAUUUUGAUAGAGAACAGUUAUGGAUUCACUGAAAUCCUGAAGCAUAUCAACGACCUAUCGAUGAAAAUAGACCUGGACGUGGCGCUGAGUACAGCAGAAGCGUUGCAUGACCAGUUCUCUCACAUGAGCCCGGAGCAUCUGCCACUGGCCAUCAGAAAACUGCUAGGCAUGGCAGGUGACGAGCUGGAAGAGAAGUCCGAAGGCAGCAGCAGCUCAUCAGAGUGCGACGACUCUCAGCCAAUCAGCAAUCAGCACCGCCUCGACGGUGAUGGCCAGGAGAAGGACGACGAGGAGGCACUCUACCAGAAGGGAAUCGACCAGCACUAUCUAUAACUAGAACCACCAAAUACUUCAUUUCAAACGAUAAUCGAAUGUACUUCCACUGAAAAGGUGGCCAGUCUAGCUUAUUAAGUGAUCAAGUUGUACAGCAUAUUUGCACACUAUCAGAGAAUACUUUCUUUAUGUAAAUAGAAUAUUGGUGAUACUUAUCUAGAAAGACUUUGUAAUAACAACGCUGUUCUCAUUUAUCGUUGUAAAUAGAUGUAGGUGUGAAAUUUUAUUGACUACAGUAUCCUUUAUAAAGUUUGUAUGAUAUUAUAAUUAUUAGCACAUAUUAUGUUAUAUUGGAAUAAUAUUACUGAUUAUAUCAUGAA